AUGCCGAGGAGGAAGAUGAGGAAGAGGAGGCAGAGGCAGAGGCUGUGGGAGAUGGCACCCGUCAUCCAUACAGCCCAAGCCGAGACGUUGGCUGCGUACGACGCUUGGAUCAGCGUCUCGUACGAUCCUGUCGUCGGGAAUCAACAAACCCACAAGUGUUUUUGGCUAAAAGUCACCGAAGUUUACAACGCACGAAGGCCGAAGAAUACCGUUCCCCGCAACGUGAAGAUGCUCCGCAGUCAUUGGGACCGAUGCGACAGAGAUGUCAAAAAAUUUUGCGCGAUAUACAGGGGAGAAGAGGCGAAUUAUCAGAGCGGAGCCAGUGGAGCCGACAUUCUGAGAGCGGCGUUGCGGGUCUUCAAAGAUGACGUCGGCAAAGAUUUCAAGCUUGUCGAUGUUUGGUCGCAAGUCCACCACCUUGAAAGGUGCACCGCCGACUUCGGGGGAUGA